UCUGGAAUAUAAAAGAAAUAAUCUUUUAGGCACAUACAUUCUAUAAAUUUCAUAAGAAUAAAUACAAUCAAGUGCAAACAUACAGCAGUAAAUUAAACCAGAAGGAAGAAAGAAAGAGCGACAGAGUAACACAUUGCGAGAGCAGGACCGUAAACCAAAGAAUCUACCAUUUUUUUUCUAUUAAUCAUUCAUCGAAUAACAAUAAUCUCUCGUCAAGUGAAAUAAUAGUGAGACACACACACAUACACACACAAUAACACACCGAUUCCUUCGUCAGAGCCAGAUUAAUUAAGCGAGCCGGCAUACAGUUUUGUAGAGGUUUAUAGAAAUAGCCGUAAAAUAUAAGUGCAUUUUUUAAACUGGACGUGUCACGUGACAGAUUUUCGCCAAGCGAAAGGAAGAAGAAGCAGACAAAGGGAGGAAUCAACCUCAAUCAAAGGAUUCGAUUAAACACUCCCAGAGUAACCGAUCUACUUCAGUUCGUAGCCUAAACCUGUUGAGUACAAAACGACACAGAGUUAAAGAUAUAGAUAGACAGAGAAACGGAGAGAAAGAGAGAAGAGGAGACGAGAGAACAAGCGUAAUAUUGAAGAAUAGAUCAUUACCUGGAAAAAAUUUACGUGCGACCGAAAACACACGGGUCACUUUUCCAGAGACAAGUGUAACUAUUCCGGAAUGUAUCUUUGAGAUAAGGAUUCGCGGAUGAGGAACGUCGCGAAUGCCGAUCAUAGACGACCCUCCUCCGUCGUCGUCAUCGAAGAAAUCGGACCUCUAGGAUCCGAUUCAAGAAAUUAAUGGGAAUCAGAGUGAGGCGAUCAGAGUCGAUCGAGAAAGGCGCCAAUGUCGCGUGCAAGAAUUUCAUUGACUAUCCGUUCGAAAAAAACUAGAUAAUCCCAAGCCUUCUGCAAGCGUAUUGAUAAAGGACAAGCAUCCGAGCAGCGAGAGGGAUUGACGGGAGGUCGCUGCAGGAAGAGGAGAUCACCCAGCCAAGUGGGCACGCGAAACUCGCCAACCGGGUGGUGGAGGCGUCAAAGUCGUGAUGACGUGGCGAGGAAGAUGAGCGCCGAGGUGACGAAGGAGGUCGUCGCCACCGAGAGGGUCCCGACGAGCCCUCCGGCGGCGGUCGCGACCUCACCGGGCACGGUCGGCACCGGCGACCUGACGGCGCGGCAUCUGCCGCCCUUCAGCAGCUUCGCCGGCGAUAACACGAUGGACAUCUCGACGCUGCCACCGCUCCACGCCCAAGACAUUGGGCCAAAUCUGAUAGGUUGGGGGGACUACUACGCUGAAGGCCUGACCGGCCGACUGAUCGACGUGGUCCCGGCGAGCCAGUACAGACCGUGGGAGUCCAAAGGUGGCGGCCCGGAUGGACUGCCCAGCUUCGCGAGCCAGUUCACCGCCCCGAGCGAAUCCGAGCCUCAACUGACGGCGCUAACGCCGUUGUCGCCAGCGUCUAUUUCGCACUCGCCGCCGGUCACGUCGGCCGUGGGCCUGCCGAGUUUCCACACGCUCGGAGCACCGCUUCCGACGCCGCAUCCGCAUCGCGGAUCGGUCGGUUAUCCUCUGGUACCGGCGCCGGUAGCAGCCCGGGACGUCUCGACUAUACAGCAGCAGAUGCUCGACGAACGUCACAUACAGCUCUUGGGCACCAGCCAGGUCCAAGCGUUUCCGCCACCUCCGCCGGGUCAUCCGCAUCAUACGGUGCUGACGGUAGUUAAGCCCGAAUACGCGCAAUUGCACCACGCGAAUUUCCAAAAUCCGAUAUCAACCGUGUUGGACUCCUCGCCGACCUCACGGCCGAUUGGCAUCGACGGGCGUAAAAAGGAGCGCAGAAAAAUCCGCGCUGGUUCCAUGGAAUCGGAGGACGGCGGGGGUGGGGGCGGCGGCGGCGGUGGUGCUGGUACCGGCAACGUAGAGAGUUCCGGUCAGGUAGCCGCCGUCUCGUCCACCGCGAAUCGCGGCGUGCACCAUCUCGGUGGAGGUAUAACCGACGGCGACGGUGACGGUGGCCUUGGCGACAAGCCGGCGAAGAAAAAACGGAAGAGAUGCGGCGAGUGCAUAGGCUGCCAGCGCAAGGACAAUUGCGGGGAUUGUGCGCCGUGCAGAAACGAUAAGAGCCAUCAGAUCUGUAAGAUGAGGAGAUGCGAGAAGCUCACGGAGAAGAAGCACCUGUACCACCUGCAGACCGGCGAAGGGGCGUUCCGAGAACGCGGGAGGGGGCGAGGCAAGGGCGCCACGAGGAAUUAUCGGAAAAUCGCACGGCAGGUCAGCACACCUGAUAGCGCACCAGCUGGUCUCGGCAGCCCGCAGGGUGGUAUUGGCGGUUUGCAGCAACAGCACCAACAACAAACGCAACAAUCUUUGCACCAGCCCGAUCCCAUGCAGCAAACCAAGGACAAUCUCAAUCCCGCGGCGAACCAACAAACGGGCGCCCUCAGAAACGGCAACCCGCCACCACCUGUCGUGUCCAUGUCACCCGGAGUAAUGCCGUUUUACGGUGAUUCCGGCGCCGGUUUCCGUCCCACAGCCGGAUUUGGAAAUACGGUUUGGCAUCAGGGAGUCGGACCAGUUGGCACAGUAGCGGUCGAAACAUCACCAGCACCGUGGCCACCUCAGCAAUUCAUUCAGCAGAUUCCCGCACCAAAUCAACUCGAAGAGUUGAGGUAUCAUCCUCAGUAUGGAGGCGCAACACCUUAUCAUCCUCAAGCAGUUCCGUAUCAGCAACAAACAUUUAUAACGACGGACCAGUCUGCGUUUCAACGAGCUGGAACGACGGGACAGUACACCAUCACGGGGCAACCUUCACCGUUGACCCCUGUCGGAGGACAGGCAGUGGUUUCGACGCCUCAGAGGCAGUUGAAUGGACAAUUUGUAGAUCCCUCGGCUACCACUAAUCAAUCAGUCGCUUACGAGCGACAGGACUAUGUAAAUGGCUAUCAACAAGUAACCAUUCUAAAGAAUCAUAUGAAGCAUUUGCAUCGAACGCUACACACCGCAAAACGGGGCUUCUUGCAGGACGUGACAAUGGCGCCGCCUCCGUCGACAACUCCGACGAGUCGCAGCAGCUCAGUACAUAUGGACAGUCAACAGCAACAGCCACAAGGAGGUCCGCAGCAGCCAUCGCAGCAGCAGCAGCAGCAGCAACAGCAGCAGCAGCAGCAACAAACUGCCGCAGAUACACAAGUAAAGGGAUUUGCGACGAUCGCCGCCACUAACGUGUCGGGAAACGAGAUGCCUGGGUAUCCACUUCAACCGGACCCACAGAGUUUACACAACUCUAACGGGUAUCCAGGCUACGUGGAAAUGGGUCAACAAUCAACGCAGAACCAAUGGCAAAUGGUUUCACAGCAACAACAGCAACAUCACCAACAAACACAAAUGCAACAACAAUCGAUGAUCGACAAUAAUCAACAGCAUGUAUGGUCAGACACAAGUGGAAAAAUGAGCAGUAGUGUCAACAGCAAUAUGAAUUGGCAGGAAGGAGCGAUGCAACAGCCACAGAAACCUCCACCACAGCAACAGCAACAAAAUAUACAAGGCAACAUGAAGUCUCAGGUGGAACAGCAACAAACUACUCAAAUGCAAUCACAGGAACUGCCAAGACCAGCGAGUCACAUGAGCUGGGAGACUGGAAGCGUGAAGGAACCUCGAACGCCACAAUCGUGGUCCGAAAACGCCGACAACCAGCAGCAACAAACUCAGGGAAACUGGUCACAACAGAGUCCAAAGCUAAGGGAUCCACAAAACUCACGGUUGACGCCAUCCAAUCAGCAACCGUCUCAACAUCAGUCCUGGCUGCAGCACUCUCCGAAACUGUCAGACCAUCAACACAGUAAUGCUCAACAAAACGCGAGGAUGACGCCAUCUGGCCAACGUAGCUGGCAGCAAAAUAGUCCGGAAAUGCAAGGAUCUCAACAGAAUCCGAGAUUGACGCCUUCCGGACAGCAGAUGCAACAACAGCAGUGGCCGCAACAGACCAAGGUGGAGCAGAAUCCCAGACUCACCCCGUCCAAUCAAAUAUCGUGGCCUGACACGCCGACUAGUCAACCGAAUUGGUCACCAAAUAGCAUAAAAAGUGAUAAUAGUCAACAGCCACAGCAACAAUGGCAAGAUUCGCAGCCCAGUCCUAGACGGACUCCGAGUCAUCAGUGGCAAAAUCAGCUGCCACAGGAAAAUAAACUGGACAGUCAAAUGUCUUGGUCGCCUGUAAAUUCUGUAUCGGAAACUCAACCGACUUGGGGACAACAGGCGACAAAGCAAGACAUGCAAAACUCAGGAGAGAGAAUUGCAUGGCAACAACAAACAACAGUAGAUACUAGUAAACCGAACGGAUUUCCGGAAAAUCAAGAUAAUUCGGAAAGCCAUAUCUAUGCUCAAUCCAAUCGAGUGAACCUUAAUAGCCGAUUGAAAUCGAUGAUUUUGAAUAAGCAGCAGCAGCAGCAGCAGCAACAGCAGCAGCAGCAGCAGCAACAGCAACAGCAGCAGCAGCAACAGCAGCAGCAAAUACAACAACAACAGCAAAGCCAUCAACACCAUCAGAUGCAAUCACAACAUACUAAUACCAAUAAUGGAUCUUCUUCGGAAUAUCCAACGGACGAUCAAAUACGCGAUGCACAUGAAAGCAACGAGAAGAUGCAAGAAAAACGCAUGGAUCAUUUUAUCAAUCAAUCAAACAUUAUUUCGAUGACGCAAUCUAAUGAAAACUUGACCGGUAAUUUUUUAUUGCAUAGCCACCACCCUCGGGUAGAGAAUUUGCCCGACGGUGGUGGCUUAUGGGAAUGGACGGAAGGAGAACAUAAUCACAAUAAUAACGAUAUUGAUAAUAAAGAUGAUAAUUCCGCAUUGCCAGAAAAUGGAAUGACAGUUUUCGAAAAUUUCAUGAAGCUCACUGCAGAAAAUAAGAGUCAAUAUGACAAAGACGAAGAUCAACAUUCCUGGGAGGCAGAAGGAAGAAAUGAUAAAGAUGAAGAAAUCGACGACAAGUCUUUCCAACAAAGAUUGUGCAUGAAUCAAAUUGAGGAUACGUCUUUCGAGAGGUCCCAGAAGAUAUCUGAAAGUGACGGAAUAAAAACCGAUAAUCUAGAUUUUUUGAAGACGACAAACGCUGCCGAUCAUAUAUCUUUCCAAGAUAAAUACGAUUCUAACCGGUUAAUUAAACAGGAGAACACCGAAGAACAUAAUUAUGUCCACGUAUCUCAUGAUGCGUCCAAUAUAGUUGAGAACGAAGAGAAUCAAGAGAUUACUCGAGAUUAUAAGUUUCGCGGCGAUGGUGGACCCGCAAAGGUGUCGCCGGGUACCGGUUCGUGGUGCUGUCGAAGAGGCGGGACCGAACAGCCGACUCCUGAACACCUAAGAGACGGCUGUUGUCAGGGUCUCCAAACCAAGGAUGAAAUACUAGACGAUUCCGUGGAAAAAGCUGAGUUAAAGAACGAAGGACCACACAGUCCGCAUACUCCAACUACGACGACUGUAACAACAAAGUUGCAAGAUCACUUGGACAAAUUGAAGAACAAUGUCAGGACCGAAGUACCGGACUGCAACUGCUUCCCCGCCGAUAAAUGUCCACCAGAGCCUGGUUCGUACUACACUCACCUCGGAGCGGCUGCAAGUCUGCCUGAUCUUCGGAAUGAUCUCGAACGAAGAACUGGCCUUAAGGGCGACGCGAUAAGAUUCGAAAAGGUCGUCUAUACUGGCAAAGAGGGCAAAACCACGCAAGGGUGUCCAAUGGCCAAGUGGAUUAUCCGACGAUCUGGCAUUGAUGAGAAAAUCUUAACCGUGGUGAAACAUCGUCAAGGUCACAAGUGUCCAACCGCCUGGAUCGUUGUAGCUAUGGUUGCCUGGGAAGGAGUACCGACUCACGAAGCAGAUCGUAUCUAUACUCUCUUAAGUCACAAACUCAAUCGAUUCGGUCUUCCAACCACUAGACGGUGCGGUACCAACGAACCGCGAACAUGUGCAUGCCAAGGACUCGAUCCUGACACAUGCGGCGCCAGCUUUUCCUUUGGCUGCUCCUGGUCAAUGUACUAUAACGGCUGCAAAUAUGCCAGAAGUAAAACCGUCCGCAAGUUUCGAUUGUCUGUACGAUCGGAGGAACAAGAAGUCGAAGAGAGAAUGCACGUUCUGGCGACGCUUUUGUCACCUUUGUAUCUUAGUCUUGCGCCAGAGGCUUUUAAUAAUCAAACUCAAUUCGAGCGGGAAGCGAGCGAAUGUCGUUUAGGAUUUAAACCAGGUCGACCUUUUUCUGGUGUUACGGCUUGCAUUGAUUUCUGUGCACACUCCCAUCGGGAUCUACACAACAUGAAUAACGGAUGUACUGUGGUAGUUACUCUGACAAAACAUCGAACAUUAUCGAAACCCGAAGACGAACAGUUACAUGUGCUACCCCUUUAUAUAAUGGAUGACACAGACGAAUUUGGUUCAAAGGAAGGUCAAGAGAAGAAGGUUCGCUCCGGUGCACUUGAAUUUUUAUCUAAAUAUCCAUGCGAGGUUCGAGUUAGAUCGGUACCUCUUCAACCAUGUAGACGUCAUGGUAAAAAAAGGAAAGAAGAUGAAUCGGAUAUUCAGACCAGCAAAAAGGAUUCAGUCAAAAUUAUGACGGAAAAAGUAACUGAUUCCGGACGUUCGGGACACGUAGAUUUUUCUAAGCUACAAUCGCAGUUAACGCUGGAGAUGACGCCCAUGUUCGAGGGAAUUGACGCGCAGUUGCAGAGCUCUCAGGUAUCAUCCACGGUCUUAGAUAGUCCGGUGUCCAUGUAUCAAGGAUGGGGAGCAUAUCAAGGUGAGCAACAGUGGAAUCGAAACGGCUGGCUCGAACAGCGUAAAAAUAAUUGGUUGAAUUCAUGGGGAGAAUAUCCUUCAUUUGGUGGUUUAGAGAGGGACAUCAAAGUGGAUCCAGACAGUACCAGUUUAGAUGAUACUAGGCCCAGGAGUACCGUUUCUCAAGAAGAGCACAGACCAGGCUCGAGGAAUCUACCCAACUCUACAGUGGAUUCAGCCAGAGGAUGUUAUGGAAGUUCACCUAGAAUUCAUCCGGUUUCACCUCGUUCGCACAUAUCAGGAGAGGUGUCUUAUAAUGUAUCACCCAGGGGCUGUACCACAACGUCUCAAGAUCCGAAAAUGGCACCAUUGAAAGGAUUGGAACAUUCAAACAUGGAAAAUAAUUACGAUCAUCAAAUGGCUUCUGGAAUUUACGCUGCUUCUGUCAACGGGCAAAAUGACUGUUCUCCCUCAAAAUUCGGCUCCCUCAAUCCAUCAUUCGGCAUGGAGACGACACAUCGAAACAUUCCAUCCAAGAUGAAUCAGUCGCCAGUUCAUGUACGUAAUAUAAACCAAGAUUGUGUCACUAAUCAAUUGAGAUUAACAUCUCCUAAAUAUAUGGGAGAUUUUAAUUCGCAGAAAUAUCCGAAUACGAUGACACAAAAUUACAUGGAUGCUGAAAACUCUACAAAAUCGCCAUUACUGAGGUCACAAGUUGAACAAACAUUUGCAAAUAGGAUGCAACCAUCUGUAAAUUCUAGCUAUCAUAAUCAAUAUUACGAUGGUAACACGUCAAAUUUAUAUUCUUACAUGGAAAAUAGUAAUCAUAAAUCUAUGGAAAUUCCAAAUUCGAAUGUUUUGGGACAUAAUUCCUUGCAUUUGCCAGAACAACGAAAUGACGCGCAAUGCUCGUCGAAUGAUCAGCGAAAAUCCAUUUAUCAUGCGCACAGACAAUCGGAAGCAAAAUCCUUUGUUAGCAAUCAUCCUCCAUCGCCAUCUUCCGAUCAAGUUUCUUGCCCACAGAAUUGGAAUAUGGCGAAUUCAUGGUGUUCUAAUCAAGUCAAAAAUCCACAUCAAUUUGAUCCACAUCAGCAGAUGGGCGACAAGAAGAUUUGGGUCGGUAAACUAACAAGAUCGGACCAAACUAAAACUGCCUGGGAAACGUCAUCUGAACCAUCACCAUUCCGAGUGCCAAGAGGAAGACCACCCUCGCGAACGAUAUCCAAUCAGAAUUUAUCUGCGGAACCUAAUGCUUAUCCAAAUCCUUUGGCCCGAACAUUUUUAAAACCUCCAGAUUCCAAGCCUAUAUUUCCGGACGCUCCAUCUAGCAACACGGCCCAAAACGGAUGUAUACCUAAUCACUUGAAGGACAGUUGCACGGAAGAUAAAUUGCGAGAAGGAUUUUAUGAUAACAAGCAAGAAGUAUCCAAUUCUAAUUCGAAUUCUCUCGCAUGGACUAAUGAAGUGAAACAAGAUCUCCAUGCUAUGUCUGGUUUAAAUCACCAUGCGUUUCCUCAAUACGGAUAUCCAUCCUAUCCAGUGUUCGAGAAACCUUACACGAACUCAUGGGAAGGUUAUAACUAUAACCAUAAUCAAUCCCCAUAUCAAACACCGGAACAAUUCUAUCAACAACCAAAACGUGAAGGUUGCUUCCAUUCGUCUCAAUAUCCGUAUCAAGGCCUGAACCCUACGUAUCAAGGUUUGAAUUCCGGCUGGACGAGGUGGGAUACACCGCGGUGGGAUAUUUACGGACCGGCACCUUAUUUUCCGGUCUUGCCAGAGCCUCCUCCGAAGGCAGAACCACUCGGCGAAAUAACGGACUAUUCUGAAAAUGAGGAAUGUUUUAAGGAUCCUCAAAUGGGUGGUGUUGCGAUUGCCUUAAGCCAUGGUAGUGUACUCUUCGAAUGUGCAAAGCACGAGAUGCAUGCCACCACUGCACUGAGAAAACCCAAUCGACUUAAUCCGACUAGAAUUAGCUUGGUAUUCUAUCAACAUCGCAAUUUAAACAGAUCCAAGCAUGGUUGGGAGGAAUGGGAGGAAAAGAUGCGACUGCGAAAAUUGGGUAUCACAACAUCGACUAGCAAUGCGUCCGUAUCGACAACCAAUCCAUCGAUUCCAACUACCGCGACAAGCCCUGGUAGUACAACAAACGGAAAAACGACGCCACUUCCACCACUUUCGCACAUUCCAAAUGUCCCCAGUUCACAGUUCAUGAUGAGAUCACCUACUUACACCACGAUGACUUGGACAACGCUCUUCCCAAUGCAUCCAUGUAUGAUAACUGGACCAUACCAAGAAGGUGGUGCGAUUGGAUGAGUCGAGGUUGGACGAUACAGCUUCGAUCGUCGAUGACCGAAGCUUGUAUUGAAAUAUGCCAUCACCA